UUGCCUUUUAUGGGGUUGUACGGGCAAGAAAAAGUAUGAAGAGCUUUGUGCUCCAUUUUGUCGUACCCGUAUCCAUGGCAACGCAAAUCAAUCAGCCCCAGACUGAGCAGGAAAACAUGCAACUUCGAUUUGUUAGUGCUCUUUGUUUAAUUGAAUUUCUAGUACAAACAGUAAGGCAAGAUAUGUAUCGCCAAAAAAAUAAAAUAAAAUAAAAUAAAACAGCAUACAACACUCUCUCCUCUCCUGGUCGCCCAAACAGUAAAGUUGGAGUAAAAUAUUUAAAAAUAAAACACUUUCAGUUGUGUUGUAAUCCCCGCGCACGGUUCAUAAUUGCAACAUCGCCACGGAAAAACAAAGCAACCGGGGAGUGGGAGGGUGCGCUUACUUGCCUGUAACGGAUGGUUGCAGCACAAUAAAGCUCAGCUGGUCGCAUUCGAAUCGGGAGCCGUACGUUAUGUAACGUAAAAUAAAAUGCAGUUUUAGUUUUUCUUUGCGAAACCCUUGCGCAUCUUCGUAAAAAAUGUAGUUUACUUAAACAUGUCUCAACAUGCCGCCACAUAAAGCAAACGGCCUGCUUCCAAAUCAAGCGAUAGAGAACGGAUGAACGCCGUAACGCAUACUGCUCAUCUGUUGCUGCUAUUUCCGUCAUCAUUUCUGAGCAAAUUGGUGGUUCUCGUCGCGACACGAUGCCUGAUAAUACAGGACGCGACGCUCGCAUGAAAAAGGAGGAACUCGCCACCGAAGAUGACAAGAAGAAAUUGCUCCUCGACAUGGUGACGAAGCUGAUGGAAGACGCGAGCCUGAACAGCGAGAACGCGCAGGACAUUGGCUUCGUCAUGCCGGCGACGGACGACGAGCCGGAAAAGUUCGUCCGCCUGUCCGACCUGGAGCGGUCGCUGGAAGACAUGGCGCUCGUGCACGAGAUAGCGAUCAACGAGAAGUUCCAGCUGAAGCCGACCACCCCGGCUCGGUGGGCUACGUCGUGCAGAAGACGGUGAAGGACGCGUACUGGAAUCUGAUGCGCGAGCUGCUGGCCCAGCAGCCGCCCUGCUACACGAUGGUGAUACAGCUGCUGCUGGACAUCAAGGAGACGUUCAAGUCGCUGCUCCGGGGCAACAACGACCGGGCGCUGGACGCCAUCCUGGUGGUGUUGGACGAGCACAACAUCCGCCAGCUGGCGGACGAGCACGGCGCCGCGGUGCUCGAGCACAACGCGCAGUUCAUCAUCAAGAUCAUGGGCAUGGCGUGCUGUCCGGCGCGGGACGCCGAGAUCGCGGCGCUCAAGCGCGAGCAGGACCCGAUCGCGCAGCUGCGCGGCAUCAUGGAGGUGCUGGACAAGAUGAAGCUCGACAUGGCCAACUUUGUGCUCGCGUCGACGCGCGCCCAGUUCGUGCGCUACUCGGUCGACUACGAGCGCAAAAAGUUCGCCGAGCUGCAGACCCUGUGCGGCAACCAGUUCCCCGCCACGAUGGAGUGGCUGAAGCGCAACAAUCCCGCCGGCCGGGAGCGGCCGUCCGAGGAGGGCGCUGCCGGCGGCCACAAUGGCGUGUCCGCCACGACGGGGCGCACCGUGCGGCUGACGGACGUGCUCAUGCCGGACUACUACAUCGAUGCGUACCAGGAGCUGAUCCAGCCGGGCGCGGACCACCCGUUCCCGGAGCUGCUCAAGCUGGAUCUGGAGCGCGUGGUGCAGCUGAAGGAGCAGACGAUGCGGCUGAGCGUGUGCGCCACCGUGAUGCAGCUGACCUGCGCCACCGUACCGACGCUGGCCAACCAUCCGAGGCGGUGCGAUCUGGCGGCGAAGCUGGCCAUCCUCAGCGCCGACUAUCCGGGCAAGGUGGAGCUGCAGGAGCUGCUGGAAAGCCUCUGCGUGCAGGUGCUCGACUGCGUGUCGGCGCACGCCGACGAGCCGAGCGGACCGGCCGUGCCGGAUGCGGCGAAGCAGGCACUGAAGACCCAGAUACUGCGCAUCGACCGCACCAUGACCGUGUACAGCGUCGUCUGGCGCAAGAUGAUGCAGUACAUGCGCGAGCUGCUGCUGACCGAGCGGGAGGAGCACGUGCCCUUUCCCGUCUGCUUCCGGGACUACCGCGACGAGACGGUCCAGCUGGCCGGCCAGUUCAAGCGGAUUGUCUCGCACAACUUUGAAGUGUAUGGCAAUUUCUAUUUACAAUCGAUGCAGGAGGCGGUCUAGGCACGCCCCGCCUAGGUUAGUUACUUUACUAUAAUUUGUGCGAACCCCCGUUUUGUACUAAUGAUUAAUAGGACCUACCUUAAUACUACAUCUCCAGUUUAUCUAUCAUCGAUGUCAAUAAACGUAUCUAUUGGCAGUGAAUUUAGUCAUACUGCUGUUUCGUUAACACCAUUUCCCCUUGUAAGUAUUAUUUUUGUUCUGUUUCAUUUGAAAUGAGCUUUCGUUAGUUGUGAUACGAUGUAUUUAAUGCGGAUGCAUCCACUGUAACCAUACAUACAUAUAUAUAAUGUAAAUAAAAAAAAACCUUUUGUGAAUUGUAA